AGGCGCGAUUUGGGUGCUCCAGAGUGUGUUGGGAGGUUCUGGAGCUGGAGAAAAGGGUUUUGCCAAAGAGCCCAGUCGGUCAGAGCACCCAGGGUUCUCUCUGGCCACAGCCUGGAGCUGAGUCCCAUGUGAACAGAGAAAUACAGCAAGCCUUUGGGGCAAACUGGGACUCAGAGGAGCUGGCAACCCUCGCCCUCCCGAGCCCUGCCCGUCUCGGCCCCAUGCCCCCGCCAAUCAGUCCCCGGCCACAGGCAGUGAGCAGGCAAGUGGGAGCCGAGGCCCUGUGACCAGGCCAAGGAGACGGGAGCUCUGGGGUCCCAGCUGCCUGCCCCCCCAUGGAGCUGAGGCCCUGGUUGCUAUGGGUGGUAGCAGCAGCAGGAGCCUUGGUCCUGCUGGCCGCUGAUGCCCGGAGCCAGAAGGUCUUCACCAACACGUGGGCCGUGCGCAUCCCUGGGGGCCCAGCAGUGGCUGACAGUGUGGCACAAAAGCAUGGGUUCCUCAACCUGGGCCAGAUCUUUGGUGACUAUUACCACUUCUGGCAUCGGGGAGUGACGAAGCGGUCCCUGUCGCCUCACCACCCGCGGCACAGCCGGCUGCAGAGGGAGCCUCAAGUACAGUGGUUGGAGCAGCAGGUGGCAAAGCGGCGGACCAAGCGGGACGUGUACCAGGAGCCCACAGACCCCAAGUUUCCCCAGCAGUGGUACCUGUCUGGCGUCACACAGCGGGACCUGAAUGUGAAGGAGGCCUGGGCUCAGGGCUACACGGGGAACGGCAUUGUAGUGUCCAUUCUGGAUGACGGCAUUGAGAAGAACCACCCGGACUUGGCAGGCAAUUAUGAUCCUGGGGCCAGCUUCGAUGUCAACGACCAGGACCCUGACCCCCAGCCUCGCUACACGCAGAUGAAUGACAACAGGCAUGGCACACGGUGUGCGGGCGAAGUGGCCGCUGUAGCCAACAACGGUGUCUGUGGUGUAGGUGUGGCCUACAAUGCCCGCAUUGGAGGGGUGCGCAUGCUGGACGGCGAGGUGACAGACGCGGUGGAGGCACGCUCACUGGGCCUGAACCCCAACCACAUCCACAUCUACAGUGCCAGCUGGGGCCCUGAGGAUGACGGCAAGACUGUGGACGGGCCAGCUCGCCUUGCCGAGGAGGCUUUCUUUCGAGGAGUUAGCCAGGGCCGAGGGGGGCUGGGCUCCAUCUUUGUCUGGGCCUCGGGGAACGGGGGCCGGGAACAUGACAGCUGCAACUGCGACGGCUACACCAACAGUAUCUACACGCUGUCCAUCAGCAGCGCCACACAGUUCGGCAACGUGCCCUGGUACAGCGAGGCCUGCUCGUCCACACUGGCCACGACCUACAGCAGUGGCAACCAGAACGAGAAGCAGAUUGUGACCACUGACUUGCGGCAGAAGUGCACGGAGUCUCACACGGGUACCUCCGCCUCUGCCCCCUUGGCAGCUGGCAUCAUCGCUCUCACUCUGGAGGCCAAUAAGAACCUCACCUGGCGGGACAUGCAGCACCUGGUGGUACAGACUUCAAAGCCUGCCCACCUCAAUGCUAACGACUGGGCUACCAACGGUGUGGGCCGGAAAGUGAGCCACUCGUAUGGCUAUGGUCUUUUGGACGCAGGGGCCAUGGUGGCCCUGGCCCAGAACUGGACAACGGUGGCCCCCCAGCGGAAGUGCAUCAUUGACAUCCUCACAGAGCCCAAGGACAUUGGGAAACGGCUGGAGGUGCGGAAGACCGUGACUGCGUGCCUGGGCGAACCCAACCACAUCACCCGGCUGGAGCAUGCCCAAGCUCGGCUCACCCUGUCCUACAAUCGCCGUGGCGACCUGGCCAUCCACCUGGUCAGCCCUAUGGGCACCCGCUCCACCCUGCUGGCUGCCAGGCCACAUGACUACUCUGCAGAUGGGUUUAACGACUGGGCCUUCAUGACCACCCAUUCCUGGGAUGAGGAUCCCUCUGGCGAGUGGGUCUUGGAGAUUGAAAACACCAGUGAAGCCAACAACUAUGGGACGCUGACCAAGUUCACCCUUGUACUCUAUGGCACGGCCCCUGAGGGGCUGCCUGCACCCCCUGAGAGCAGUGGCUGCAAGACCCUCACAUCCAGCCAGGCCUGUGUGGUGUGCGAGGAAGGCUUCUCCCUGCACCAGAAGAGCUGCGUUCAGCACUGCCCACCAGGCUUCGCUCCCCAUGUCCUCGACACACACUACAGCACCGAGAAUGACCUGGAGACCAUCCGGGCCAGCGUCUGCGCCCCCUGCCAUGCCUCGUGUGCCACAUGCCAGGGGCCAGCCCCCACAGACUGCCUCAGCUGCCCCAGCCACGCCUCCCUGGACCCGGUGGAACAGACCUGUUCCCGGCAGAGCCAGAGCAGCCGCGAGUCCCCGCCACAGCAGCAGCCGGCCCGGCCACCCCCGGAAAUGGAGACAGAGCCGCGGCUGCGAGCGGGGCUGCUGCCCUCACACCUGCCCGAGGUGGUGGCUGGCCUCAGCUGCGCCUUCAUCGUGCUGGUCUUUGUCACUGUCUUCCUGGUCCUGCAGCUACGCUCGGGCUUCAGCUUCCGGGGGGUGAAGGUGUACACCAUGGACCGUGGCCUCAUCUCCUACAAGGGGCUGCCCCCCGAAGCCUGGCAGGAGGAAUGCCCGUCUGACUCAGAAGAGGAUGAGGGCCGGGGCGAGAGGACCGCCUUUAUCAAAGACCAGAGCGCCCUCUGACGAGCCCACUGCCCGCCCCUCACGCCGAUCCCCUCCUUGGGCACUUUUUAAUUCACCAAAGUAUUUUUUUAUCUUGGGACUGGGUUUGGACCCCAGCUGGGAGGCAAGAGGGGCAGAGACUGCUUCCCAUCCUACCCUGGGGCCCCCCUGGCUGCCCGGGGUGAGGGCCCAGGACCUGCUGGGGGUGGGAGGGGCCUACUCCCGGCCCGGCUCCAUGUGGAGAAAGGAGUGAAACCUUUAGGGCAGCUUUCCAAACCCCAGCCCCAGCCCGAGUUUGCCUGCGGAGUGAAGAGGGGCAGUCCUUCCUUUCUGGGAUUCCUGACCCAGUCUGCAGCUCUUGCCCCUUCCCUGUCCCUCUAAAGCAAUAAUGGUCCCAUCGAGGCAGCAGGGAGGCUGGUCUAGGCGGUAUCUGAAGGAGAAGGCCACCUCUCCAAGGGCUUUUGCAUCCCCGACCCUGUCCCCCGCCUCUGGUGAGCCUUGGCGGAAGCGGCCAUCAUAGGAAGGGACCAUGGCAAGGCAGGUGCUUCCAGGUGUGCGCGUGUCCCCUCGCCUGCCUCUGCACUCCGUGCCUCCACCAUAGCUGCUGCCAGGCUGACUCGGCUGGCACGGCCAAGGCUGAAGCUCCGGCUGAGCCCCAUGCUGGUGUUCUGACCUCCCUCCCGUCCCCUGCGCCCUCCCCUCCCGCCAGGGCCCAAGUCCCUGUUUUCUGAGCCCGGGGCUGCCUGGGCUGUUGGCACUCACAGUCCCGGAGCCCCUGGGUGGGUGGUGGGGAGGGACGGUGGCCCAGCCGGCCCCUCCCGCCUCCUACCCGAUGCUGCUUUCCCCUGUGGGGAUCUCAGGGGCUGUUUGAGGAUAUAUUUUCACUUUGUGAUUAUUUCACUUUAGAUGCUGAUGAAUUUUUUUUUUUUUUUUGUAUUUUUAACGGGGGUAGCAGCUGGACCACCCACCUUCUCACACCCACCGUCCACCCUGCUCCUCCCUGACUGCCCUGGCCCUGAGGUGUGAGGGCUGCAGCAUGUUGCUGAGGAGUGAGGGGCAGCUGAGCCCCAAGUCCUGAAGAGGUGGGCUCAAGGAAAGGGGGGUCGUGGUGGGAGGGGCAGGCUGACAUCCAUGUUUCCAGUGGGGCUCCCUGUGCCAAGGGCUCAUGGGUCACUGGCUCUCCAAGUGCCAGGGGUGGGCGGGUGGUGGCCCCGAGCCCCCUCCAACACUGUGCCCUGGUGGAGAACGCACUGACCUGUCAUGCCCCCCAAGCCCGCUCUUCUGACGUGCCUUUUGCACCCCUCCCAUUAGGACAAUCAGUCCCCUCCCAUCCGGGAGCCCCCUUUUCUUUCUCUCUCCUCCCCAUUCCUGGUACCCAGCCACCUGCCCGGGGUGCCUCCCCCUCCCAUCCCUUCCCUGCGCCCCCACCCUUGUGGCCAGCCCAGCUGGUUUUGUAAGAUACUGGGUUGGUGCACAGUGAUUUUUUUUUCUUGUAAUUUAAACAGACCCAGCAUUGUUGGUUCUAUUUAAUGGACACAAGAUAAUGUUAGAGGUUUUAAAGUGAUUAAACGUGCAGACUAUGCAAACCAG